CGGCCGUUCGUGGCGUGUUCGUACAUAAACGUAUGAACUUUUCACAUUAAAGAUCCUACAGUGUAAAUUUUUUGUGUAUACUUGAUUAUUUUUUUCGAAAUGACCUAUUUUUGCCGUUUGAAUGUCGAUCAAUUAAUAGUUUGUGUUCACAAAAGGCCAGCACUAUGGAACAGACAUUGCGACAGUCAUAAUAACAGAUACAAAUCAAAACAACUAUGGGAUGAAGUUGCAUCGGAGUUAAAUAUGUCUGUUGAAAAUGUUAAAAAGAAAUGGAAUAAUUUGAGAGACCAAUUCCGCAAAGAGUAUGUUAGAUUAAAUAAACCUGGAAAAUCAGACACAGUGGCUACUAUUAAAACUUCUUCUUGGUCGUAUUACGAAAAAUUAUUGUUUUUAGCCAAGCAAAUUCUCCCUAAAUCUAUGCGAGAACACCGUCAGAGUCCUCCGCCGUCAGAAGUGGAUAGCCCCGAUGACGAUGUCUCUGAAGAUAACGGAGCAUCGUCGCCGUUUGACGGAACUUUAUCGGAAUCGAAGUCAGCACAAAUAAUUUCAGUAAAGAAUUCAUUGGCAGAACAAUCAUUUCGCGAACCUGUUAAACAAGUCUGUAUAUGUAAAACGAAAAAAAGAAAUCUUGACGUGGACCAAGAACCUGUAGAUGCUGAAAAACCGAAACAUGAAUCUAUUAAGCAUAGACGGAAUUAUAGUUUAACCGAAGAUCCUGAUCGAAACUUUUUGAUGAGUUUACUACCUUACCUGACAGAAGUGCCCCGAUGUAGAAAACUAAUUGUUCAACGAAGAUUGUUAGACGUGUUUAUGGAAGAAGAAAGAACUAAAGAUUGGGACGAUUAAAAAAGCUAGGUCCUAGACUUUGAAUGAAAAGAAUAAAACCCUCCACGGCAACGGUAAAAACAUAAUACGAACAAGCCUGAUGCUCGUACACACUGUUAUGUGUCGAUAUUUCGAUUUUGGUAUAAGCCUACGGUUACGGUAACUCAAUGACUGACUAUCGGCUAUCUAAACUGACAGGUAUAUGAUACUUUCUCAAUUUAUACUUCAGAUACAACUUAAUUGUGCCCAAAUAAGGUACAACAAUCUUGAUUAUUUCUUCAAUACUGUUCAAAAAGCUGACGUCUUCGUUUUAGAGUAGUA